UUUGAACAACGUUGUUUGACAAUAAGCAACAGCACAGUAUGGAAAUUUCCGUGUUUAUACCUAAACCGAAACUAUAAAUGUUGAAAAAUUGACAAACUUGUUUUUAGCUUUUGUCGAGUAAAGGUCGCUCAACAUAAUAGGUAUAAUGAGAGAUCACGGAAUUACCAUUGUUGGAACGUUACAACGAUUGCCGUUACUGUUCUUGAUUGAUGCUCUACUAAGAAUGUAUGCAUCUCAAAUGAUAACAACACCACUUUUAUACAUGGAAUUGGCAAUUGCUGUCAUUUUACUUCUGCUGAACAACGGACAACUUGGGAAAAUAUACGAGAGUUUGGUUUGCUUUCUCUUCAUAAUAGGGAUGUGGCCUUCUUCGGAGAACCAUAUAUGGACCACCCUUAUUAAAUUGGCCGCAAAAUAUCAAACGUUAUUCACAAUGACAAAAGAAUCAUCUCAUAUGCUGUUGUAUUACCACCUAGGAGUUACGUUUUUUACCAUUGCUACUUGCCUAAAGAUGAUAAGUUCAAUAUUUAAAUUGUGCUUGUAUUUUCCCAGAAGACUAGUGAUUAUUGGAACUUGUUUAAAGGCAGUUUCUGUCUUUGCGGAUACAAUGACUGGCGUAUUCGCACCGGAGUUUCUGAAUCAUGUUUGGGUCAUUUUGUAUCAUGUUGCUUUAAUCAUUUUAACUUAUUACUUAUUCGGCAUAAACACGAGUAUUUAUCUAAUUUUACUUCAAAUAUACUACAGGAUAUACUGGCCGAACACACAAUAUUUUGUUAUUAACCUCGUUAUUUUUUCUAUUAUGGGUAAAUUGGAUAAAGAACGAGCACGAAUUUUGCUAAAAAAUAGAAUAACUGAAAUCCGACAACAUUAUGCGAGCAUAAUGAAAAAUAGAAUUGUUUUCGUUUUCCUUCCUUAUGCAAUCAUGUUGGCAAUUUCUAUCCCAAUAUUUUUAUACAGCAGAAACAUUAUCCAAGCUGGAACAAUUUUUAUGACAACUAUCACCAUAAUGUGUAUGACUAGUAUAGGCACAAUAGCCUUUAUAACAAUAAUUACUCACAUCUGUUUUAUUUUUCCGAAAACAACGUUAUGGUUUUUACGUGGGCGAAACUACGGAAUUAAUACCUCAGAGCUCUUAACGCCUGCUUUUGUCUUGGGUAUCUUAGCAAUCCAGUCAUUUCACAGUGAUGUAAAUUUCUAUGGUAUGAUGAUGUGUUUUGGAAUUUUUCUUGCUGCUAGUACUGUUCUAGAAGAAGUACACAAGAUUGCUGAUUCGUUUUUACUGGAACUUGGAGCAUCGGGAGCCGGAAUUGUAAAGACAUGCAAAGCUGUUACAAUUAUCAUUGUAUUAAUAAUAUUCCCUAUUUGGGUGGUGAUGAAAUUUUAUGAAUUUGAAUUUGGUUUAGGCAUAAUAUGGUUUCUUGUAGUUACUGCAUCUUGGAUAUCUGUGUGCAUUGAAUCGGUAGGGUCUCUUUCAGUUUACCUCUUGUUGGUAUUGGAUAGCUUUAAAUCUGAACCAAUUGAAAAGUUAGAUGAAAUAAUGUAUGGCGUGCGUGCUGCCAUCGGAAUAGUUCAUAUAACGUUUGCACUUCUUCAAAUAUGCUUUCUCACGUGGAAUAUAACCACGGUUCAAUGGAGUUGGCUUAGUUGUAUUAUAUUAGCCGGGUGCAUUUACAAUACUUAUGAGCGAGUAACCAACGGAUGGACCGAAUUUCAAAGGCGUCGAACUGCAGUUAAAAGACUUUCAUUCCUACCAAAUGCAACACAAGUACAGCUAAAUGUUUUCAAUGAUGUUUGUGCCAUCUGCCUUCGCAAUAUGACGUCCGCUAAGAUUACUCCUUGUAACCAUUAUUUCCACGAAUCAUGUUUAAAAAAGUGGUCGUACAUAAAAGAAACGUGUCCAAUGUGCAAUGCAAUCAUUAAUACUGAUUGGUUAGUUCAAAGGUUUUUAAGAACUUUGUUAAAUGUACAAAGACAUAACAUGCAAGUGCCUGUUGACACUUAAAGGGGAAACAAUGAAUUUAAAACUUGAAAACAGUUGGUUUUAUAUAAUGUAAAUAUACCAAUACACAAUGAUUUAUAGCUUGACAAUGACUAGAUAAGAAAGAUGUCUGUUUGUUGAAAAUUUACACACUAUGACACUUUUCAUAACGUCACAUAUAUAUGUUUUCUUUUUCUUUUGAACGUUCGAGAAUAUAUAUGAAAAAAGGUAUAUUCCUUUCGCUUUUUAGGCUCGAAUGUAUAUAAAUGUUUUAUUACAAAAUGUGUGUUAUGAUGUUUUACCUAUCUGUUUUAAAUAUAUAUUUUGAAAAGGCCUG